AUGGGCCACAAGUCUAAGCGCAAAUGGGAUCCGGCCUUUGCCGAUCACGAGCAAGAUCUACAGGAGGCAGCACCUCAGCUGUCAAGCGCCAUGGUCAGCAAGCUGACCAGCAGCAACAACAGAGUGCGCUCAGCUUACUAUGCUAUCCAAAGGAGCUCGGCGGACAAGCAAGCAAGCCUUGAGGCCCAGCUUGAGCAGCAGAAGUUGGAGAACGAGAAGCUUCGCAAAAAGCUUCGCAAGAAGCUGGGUCUGGACGGCGGUGGAAGCAAUGCUAGUGCUGAGAUCUCGAGCGAGGUGGGUCUUGUGAGUGUCCUGGAUGGCAUAUCGCGGGCAUCGCACAUGUAGUCGAGCUUAGUAUCAAGAAAGCUGACGCUCUCGUUUGCAAGAGCAUGCAGGAACCUCAGCAGCAGGUGCUUCUCUGGGAAUGGGCAUGGAGGUGAUAGGCGAGGUCCACAAUGCGAGCAACGUAUCGACAGGCGAGGUUCAGUCCGAUACGAGCAACGUACUUGAGAUGCUCUCGUCGACGUCCGAGCCGGCUUCAGCACAUCAUGCAGACAAGCAACGCAAGGAGAACAUCGAUCAGAGCGAGGUGCUCUCGCACGCGAGUGACAGUGAUGUGUCAGCGAACCAAUGGCAAGACGUCAAGGAAGAGCUUGACGAGCUCCAAGACGACGUCAUGGAAGAGAUUGACGAGCUUCAAGACGAGAGUCUAGACGGCAAGAAAGACGUUGACGAGCUCCAAGACGAGAGCUAA